AUGAUUCGACGAAGUCCGCGAUUUUGGUUUCUCAACUGUUGUAUUUCGCCACAAUCAGAAAUAGCUCGAAUAAGGAUAGAUCGUUCAAUGAUUGGCGGUCCAAUGGAUUUCCGGCACAUUGGACAUAUGGGUGCAAAUGAUCUCAACGCUACAUUCAACGUGAAUGCAGUAAGUUGCUUGCUUAAAUCAAAAGGUGAUGACUCUUAUUCACUACCGGUACCACAACAUCUUCGGGCAAAUGAUAUACCUAUUAAAGGUUGA